CGCAGGCAUGGGACCCUCACUUUCACAGCAACUUUUGUUUGAGAAAUAGAGACGACUUCAAAGUAUUACGAAUUAUCAUCAUGCCCCCGAAAGCGAGUGGCAAAGCUGUAAAGAAGGCGGGAAAAGCUCAAAAGAAUAUCAGCAAAACUGACAAAAAGAAGAAGCGUAAGAGGAAGGAAAGCUACGCCAUUUACAUUUACAAAGUCUUGAAGCAGGUUCAUCCCGACACUGGAAUAUCCAGCAAGGCCAUGAGCAUCAUGAACAGUUUCGUGAACGAUAUCUUCGAACGUAUAGCGGCCGAAGCAUCCAGGUUGGCUCAUUACAACAAGCGUUCGACCAUAACCUCUCGGGAGGUUCAAACUGCUGUCAGACUUUUGCUUCCCGGUGAACUCGCCAAGCACGCUGUAAGCGAAGGCACGAAGGCAGUAACGAAGUACACCAGUUCCAAGUGAAUUAUUGUCGACGAUCUGCUUCUUCCAAGGAUAAAUCGGCCCUUUUCAGG